AUGAAAAUUAACCAAUUUACUUUUUGUAAAGAUUUUUCUCCUUUAGCUCAUUCAACACCAUCUUACUCGGAUACAGCAUCUUCCCUCACGGAUACCAUAUCACUUUCAUCAAGCGACAGUGACCUAAGGGAACAUGGUAUUCCUGCAGGCCGCAGUAGAUCCAGUAAAGAAGACAUGGGCAGUUCUGCAGCGAAAGAGGUAAUUGAGAUAUUAUUUUCUUAUUUGUAUGAGCAGAUGGUUGAAGAUGCCUUGAAUAGGAAGCCUGGUGGAGAGGAUAUCCUUGAAGAAUACAGGGGAGAAAAUUCACUAAGCCACCGCACCCGGAGACAGCUUGUAAACAUAUUGGCAAGUGAUAUGACCGAGAGACAUGGCAGGUUUCCCUCCCGUCAGCAAAAGGAGAAGUAUGCCCUAGGAAUUAUUACUGUCUUUCCUUCACUGAAGGAUCACUUUUCUCCAAAGGGCUAUGUCAAUCAAGACUUCCUGCUGCUGUUUGGUGCUGAAACAGCCACCAAGUUGCUUGAAAAGUGGGACACCUCAUUCAAGCCAAAAGUCAUCAAAGAGGCCAAACAGCUGACUCCGUCAACUGACCUGUGUCAUUUGCUAAAAGCUGCAGAGAAGCUUGCAGAGAAUGAUGACAAUGGUACGCUUGACUGCAUGUUUGUUUGACAAUACUAAUAUUUAUUUUUACGUUCUCAUUUGAUAAAUUGUCUGAUAAAUUCCACCCCAAACAGACUGGGACAGUGACAUGGCUUCUGUGCUGCUACUGCUUCAUCUUUUGCCACCUUCAGCUGGACGGAAGAGGAGGACCAAAAUAAGUCCAAGGGAUGCAGCAGACAAAAUGGUGCACUUUCACAAGUCAUGCUGCAGCAUCGAUGAACACCUGCAAGAAAGAGAUGGCAAACCAUACAUCCUUGCAGUCGGCCGAACCCAGAGCAGGAUUGACACCUUUUACAUCGCAGUGGACAAACAACUCAUCCCCUGCCAAGCCACCAGCUCACUGGGUGCGUUUGAUGAACUUUUCAAAUCCCACUACGUGUUCAACUUAAAUUACGACGAGUCCCUGGUUCAUUUCUACAGUUUUGUGCAGACUACCAUUUUCAACAUUGACGCUACCUCAACAGACGAGUCACCGCGUGUUCGUGAGUUGCGUGCUAAAAUUUUGAAUGAGAACAAUGUUUAAAUGUUUCAUCUGUCAAUCGCUGCAUAUCAGCAGUCAGGCUUUGAUAAGUCAUUUGCGACUAGGCCACAGUUUUUAUCCAAGCACCAAAUUUAAGUUGGCUUGUUCACAAGAAAGUUGUAGGCGUCAGUUCACGUCAUUUUCUGGUUUUAAAAAACAUUUAAAUAGUGUUCAUAAUGAAGAUUGUUGUCAAAGUGGUGAUGCAGAAACCUCAGAGUCAUUUCAGGAUGAUUUUUUCAUUCAGGAUGAAGUUGCGGAAACAAGUGUCACACAGAGCCUUGAGGCUGGUUGUUCUGAAAACAAUGGAUCUGGUCAAAGAAUGGAA